AACAAUUCAUCGUCGACUCAUCAAGCCUACCUCGAGACCCUCUACGCUCGACAGAACUCACACAAGACCCAACACCACAACUACCAACAUGCCUCUCGUAGUCCCUGGCCUGCAGUCCAAGAACGGCGACAAGUCCUCCAACUGGAUGGAGAAGCUCGUCGGCAAGAAGAUUGGCGACUCCUCCAACGAGACCACGUUCGCAAAGACGGAUCUUCCCAAGCAACACCGUAUCGUCAAGGAGGGCGAUAUGAUGACCAUGGACCAUAACCCUGAUCGCAUGAACAUCCACACGGGAGAGGAUGGCACUGUGCAGAAGGUUACCCACGGUUAGAGAAAGGGUGGAGAUGAUUCAGCGAGGUCUUGCGGACACCUGCGAGCAGAAGACAGUUUUGAAUGCAACGCAGUGAAUAAAGGGCG